CAGACUUCCAGCUGUUCCAAAAACAGUGUUCCAAACCACUCCAUACUACAAAUCUUCGGUGCAUUUUUCCACUGAUUUGUUCUAUUGAAGGAUACUUAAAAUUUUGGGCAAAGCAGAAAAUAAAAUUUCGGAAUGUCGAACGAAACGGAUGGCCAAUCGUCAAAACGUAUAAAACUUGAGGAUGGUUCUUCAAUGCCAGUAACAAAUCCAGAGAAUCCACAUUAUUCGCCGCCAUCGAAAGUUGUCCAUGUUCGCGGAGUAGCCGAGGGUGCAAGAGAUAUGGAUAUCGUUCAAUCUCUUAAAGAAUUUGGUAGAAUAACUUGUAUAAAGCUGAUUCAAAAAAAGAGGCAAGCACUGGUUGAAUUUGAUGACAUUGAAAGUGCUAAAAAUCUGGUAGAACAUUCACAGACAGAAAAAGUGAGUAUUUGUGGAAGGUUUGCUUUUUUCAAUUUCUCAAAGAGCCAGGAAAUUACCAGGCAUGGGAAUGAACCAAAUUAUGAUGAAAUGUUAAAUUCUGCUGGCAAUAUUCUACUUCUGACUAUUCUCAAUGCUCAAUAUGGAGUCACAACUAGCAACUUACAUGAAGUGUUUCAGGGAUACGGUUUCAUUCAAAGGAUUGUAAUAUUUCAAAAAUAUGGUCAGUUACAGGCUAUGGUUGAAUUUGAUAACCCAACAUCUGCACAACAAGCAAAAGAUGCUCUGGAUGGUUGGGAUCUUUAUGAGGGAUUUAACACUCUGAAAAUUGAAUAUUCAAAUGUACCUAAAUUGAAUGUUUUCAAGAAUGAUCAUGAAACAUGGGAUUACACACGGCCAGCAAUGGACCAAAUGCGAGGCCCAACAGGCCGUGGACGCGGCCUUCUUAGCCGUCCCUCUUACAACCCACCAGGUAUGAAUCCUGGUCCUCGAGGUCCUGGAAUGAUCUCAAGUCCUCGUCCAGGUUUUGGCCAAAGAUCAGAUUUCAUGCAUGGACCACGCGGUCCGAUGGGUUCAGGGCCCGGGCCUACCGUCCUUAUGGCGUAUGGCUUCGAUCCUGACAAGUUAUCGUGUGAAGGAAUCUUCAAUUUGUUGUGUCCUUUUGGUAAUGUAAUGAAGGUAAAGUUGAUGUCAAGUAAACCAGGUUGUGCUAUGGUGGAAAUGGGUGACCAUUCAUCGUGUAACAACAUCAUCGAAAAUUUAACUGGUUGUAAAGUGCUUGAUAGCGAACUGAAAUUCAGUUUUUCAAAACAAACAAGCUUGACUUGUCCAGCAAAUUAUAACCCAAGUGUGGAGACCAGUUUUAAAGAUUUCUACGACUCAAAACUACACAGAUUCACAACAGCCGAAGCAAUCAGUAAGAACAGAGUUUUUACCCCAACAAGAGUUCUUCAUUUCUACAACGCUCCCCCUGAUAGCACCGAGGGAUCCCUUCUCGAGAUUUUCACAGACAAUGAUGUGACGGCGCCGUCAAAAAUCAAGAUUUUCCCUAAUGGCGCAAUUGACCGUAUCGAAAAAGAUGGCGGCAUGUAUGUUUUACCAUAA